CAGGAGGCCGUCUUAGUUAAUGGGAUACCACGGAUACCAGAAAUGAAGCAGCCGGAUCCAGCACAGCAAAAACUACAUUACAGAAUUGACGACGGCUCCUCGUUCAUAUACUACCCGUCUGGUCGUACGGCUGUUUGCCAGAGCCACUCAGCUCUGCCCUGUGGAGGCUUCUAUACCAACGUGUUCAGUGACAGCGACUGUCCCGUCAUCCUGGCUACUAUCACUGCCUUUGGGCACGGGGCUGUUACACACCCUCAUAACUCCUCUUUAGGAGCAGUGUGGGACCAGGAUGGUGGAUUCAUGAAUGACCACUAUGGGAGGAAAAGUAAGGAGUGGAGCUGGCAGACUGACUGUGCACUGAAGGAGAAGGUCCUUAUACAGGUAUCAGAUCUGAUCAGUGUGAGGCUGCUCAGUGGUACAUCUGCUACUCUCAACUUCAGGUGCAAUGAUGAGAGUGUUCAACUUCCUCUUCCUGUCCUGUCCAACAUCAACCAACCGAAGGAAAUGCUCUGCUUGCAGACUGAUGGAAAGUUUACCUCUAAUUUUGCACAAGACCUGCUGCUGGCGAGGAAAACAAAAUCCCCUGUUGUGGUCCUGGAGAACAAGAGGACCCUGACUCCUGUAAAACACUUUUUAUGCCAGUGUGAUGUUUGA